AUGCAUGACUCUAAGGCUGUCCUGCAUGGCUGCAGUGACCACUGGAAACUUAAGGAGCAUGGGCGAAUGCCACUCCUCUUCCAGAUGACUGUGUGUGUGGACGUGCGUAUUCUGUCCCCAGGAGAGUGGACAGCUUUCAGUUACAGCUCUCCCCAUGUGCCUCGCUUCGACCUAGCCUUGCAGGGAGACGAGUAUGCUCUACACGCCUGGUUGUUGGGGGUCCGUCACCGCUUCCCAGUGCAGCUGGACCUGCGACGCUGGCACCGGCUCUGCCUGCGGUGGGAUGCCUUACACAACAGCUUCAGCCUGGAGGUGGACGGCAGCCCAAACACCCACCAGCGCACCGUUAUCGCCCACGCCAUCCCGCCCGCUGGGCAGCUGCUGUUAGGCUGCCAGCCCUGGGAGUCCUCCCCUGGUGUUACCAUGGGAACAGUGGAGCUAUACCUAUUCCGCGCGUGGGAGGACGUGCGGGAACAUGGCCCGUGCGAGGAUGGCUCGGUUGUGGGUUGGGACUCGCAGCUGUGGGGCGUGACCCGUGCCAGAGCCAUGGUGCACGAUGACGCACUAUACUGCGGACGGAAACGGUUCAAACGCGAAGUGCCAGGGCCAGUGGUGGUGACAUGCAACUUUUCACAGUUUUGUGCCAACGAGAAACUGCCUGUUCGUCUGAAGGUCAAUCGAAUACAAGUGCGAGCGAGGAGGAUCAUUCCACGUCCUGCCAAAAUGAGCGUGUGCCUGCAGUUUACGUACAAGAACACUACUUGCAGCGUUCUACUGAAGCUGAAUAAGCCAAUAGGCAUCUGCAGACUCAGAGAGCAGCUGACACAGGGAGGGAGGGACCCUGCCAUCCAGGUCCACCUGCUAGGAGAUGUGGAGAGAGUGGGGGAAGGUGCAUUUUACGCACUCCAGUUACAUAUUCACAGUACCAACACUGAUUUCAGCAAACUCGAGGACAAGGGUGUACAGUUAGAGUGUCAUGGUAGUGACAAAAGUGUGACUGACUGUAUGGUGGUUCUUCAGCUGGGACAGCCUCUGGAUGUGGACACCGUACGUGCAGCUCUGUACUCUGCACUCCAAGGCAUCAACCAUAACAGCACUCUCUAUAAAAUGGGAUCCAGUUCCGACCCAGAUGCCACGGCUGAUCAAUUGCUUAAUCAGACGACGGAUGUGUCAGCGUUGAACUCAUCACAAGUUGAGAGGCUGGUGACGCAGCUGGAGGAUCUGUUGUCUGCGCCCAAUGUUAGUGUGGCUCUGGGCCGCACCUUACUGUCCGUCAUCGACAACCUGCUCGAUUCAGACGCAGUGGCCUCCUCGUCCAACAGGCUGAUCAGAGUUAUGGACAAUCUGGCACUGAAGCUUAUCAUCCAGGACCAGACUGAAACCAUUAGCGCUGGCUCACUGGCUUUGGCUGCGACCAGGAUUGAUGGAAGCAGUUUUGAUGGAACCUCUUUUUCCAUAUCCAGUCCCUCUGGCCUACAGGUGGCAAGGAGUCGGAGGGCAAGUGUGAGGAGCACUUCUCCUCUGGGCUCCAUCACCCUCCCCAGCUCCCUUACAGCCAACCUAAGCACUGAGGAGCAGCAGCUGGCCUCACGGGUCCAGUUCACUUUCUUUCAGAAGACUACUCUUUUUCAGGACAACACAAUGGCAGGGAAAAGGCUCAACAGUCAUGUCCUGGGAGCGAGUGUCGCCAACCUGUCAAUCAGUGGACUGAGUGAGAAUGUGGUGUUUACUCUGAGGAACAACGAACCUGUUUCAGAAAACGUUACCGUCUCUUGUGUUUUCUGGGACUUCAGAAAAAAUGGAGGAGCAGGAGGUUGGAACCCUGAUGGCUGUUUUGCUGUCCAGAACAUCACCACAGAAAACGAGACCAUAUGCAGCUGCAAUCACCUCACCAGCUUUGCUGUGUUGCUUGACCUAUCUGGAACUGGUAUCACCGACCGCCUGCAGGCCAGAAUCCUCACCUUCAUCACUUACAUCGGCUGUGGCAUCUCUGCCAUCUUCUUAGCUGUCACACUUCUCUCCUACCUGGCCUUCGAGAAAAUCCGCAGGGACAUCCCAUCCAAGAUACUGAUCCAUCUGUGUUUUGCUCUGCUUAUGCUGAACUUGAUCUUUCUGCUGAAUGCCUGGCUGGCUCUUUAUCCCAAAGCUGUGGGACUGUGUAUCUCCACUGCCUUCUUCCUGCACUACUUUCUGCUGGUGUCCUUCACCUGGAUGGGCCUAGAGGCUCUGCAUAUGUACCUCGCCAUUGUCAAAGUCUUCAACAACUACAUGUCCAGAUACAUGAUUAAGUUCUCCUUAGUGGGCUGGGGUAUCCCCCUUAUUGUUGUCAUUGUUGUAAUCGCAGUGGACAAAAACAACUAUGGCCUUAUAAGCUACGGAAAGUUUUCUGACGGCACUUCGGAUGAUUUUUGCUGGCUGAGGAAUGAAAUAGCCUUCUAUGUGGCAGUGGUGGCAUACUUCUGUGUCAUCUUCUUAAUGAACCUGAUCAUGUUCAUCGUUGUCCUGGUGCAACUGCAUAGAAUCAAGCGCCAAAACCCCCACAACAACCAGCACCGUAAUGGACUGCAUGACCUGCGGAGUGUUGCAGGUCUCACGUUUCUCCUGGGCCUCACGUGGGGUUUUGCCUUCUUUGCCUGGGGCCCUGUUAACCUGGCAUUCAUGUACCUGUUUACCAUCUUCAACUCUUUCCAAGGCUUCUUCAUCUUUCUGUUCCACUGUGCACUCAAAGAGAAUGUACGUAGACAGUGGAGGAUUUACCUGUGCUGUGGAAGGCUGCGAUUACCUGAGAACGCAGAAUGGAGUAGGACAGCUACCCAGACCACCAGCAAGAACCAAUCAUCGGUGGUCACUGGACACUCCAUGCACUCAUCUCACUCCAUACUGACCCAGAGCAGCUCCAGAAGCUCCUCUAUGAGCAGUGGCAGCACCUCGCAGCCUAAUGGUACUGGUUCCCCUUAUGAGGACAAUGUUAUUACAUCGCUAGAGGAUUCAAACGGUGAUGUGGUUCUCAACGAGAUGAACAGCCGGCACAGGUCACUACGUAGAACGUAG